AUGGCCAUGGCCUCCGUGUCGCGUGUCACGGGGCUGCCGCCGGGGCCCUUUCCGGUGGGGGUGACGACGAUGCAGCUAGAUGACCUGACAAGACAGGAUCCGGAGUCAGGGCCCAGAAGUUUGCAGACAGAGAUUUGGUAUCCAGCUGGUGAUGAAGCCAGAGAUUUGCCCCGGAAUCGCUUCUCGGACUUUCUGGGCCGGGGAGCCAUUCCUGGAAGCAUCCAAGCAGCUGAAGCAGAGAAUGCCAUUGGAGGAUACCGAAAUGAUUUGACCAUCAAGGAACUGGAUGAAACCUGGCCAAAUGAAGCCGUCCGAGAUGCACGGAUCAGAGAUCCUGACACCAAAACUGGAUGGCCUUUAGUGAUUUUCUCUCAUGGUUCUGGGGCCUACCGCGCCAGCUAUAUCUUCUUCACUGAGUUUUUGGCCUCUCAGGGCUUUGUGGUGAUGGCCUGCGACCACCCUGGCAGUGCCAGAUAUACCCAGGUGAACGGUCGAGUGGUUAAGCCAGGAGGAGCUCGGAGCGAGCGGCCGCAAAUGGAAGCAGACCGACCCAAGGAUGUCAUGUUUCUGCUGGAUGCCAUGUCGAAGCUGGCGGGUGGCCAGGACAGCCGUUUUGCGGGCCGUGUCAAUGUGAAUCUCACUGCUCUCACUGGCAUGUCCUUUGGUGGUUGGACCACUGCAGCAUGCUUGGAAGAGAGUGACCCACGAGUGAAAGCGGCCAUUAUGAUGUGCCCGUCGUUGAUGUCAGCUGGUGGAAGACUCAUCAAGGAGCGACGCAACGUGGAAACGCCCAUCAUGAUGAUGAUUGGAAGUGAGGACUAUGUCUUGGGUGCUGAAGGCGUGGAAGCAUGCAGGCAAUUCUCUCUGAAACCCGAAGGCUCCAGUUUCUUAUUGGAGAUCAAACUAGGUGGCCAUUGUAGCUUCACCAGCUGCGAGCUUUACAACGCUGCCUAUGGGAAUGGCAUUGGUGAAAGCAAGAGUCUCACGAAGCAGGGUUCAACGUACCAAGCUUUGGACAUCUCGAAGCAACAUGAGAUCAUCAAUAGCUAUGGCCUGGCCUUCCUGGACAAGUACUUGAGGGCUGGUGAUGGUAGCUUGCUGAAAGAGAACAGAUUUGAUGACCAUGUGAUAUACAGAUGCUAA